GGGGUUUGUUGUGAGAGUGACGAGUAAAUACCGCUGCCAUCUGUUUAACCGGACGGUGCGCAACGUGCCAGGCGUUGUGCUAAACGUUGUGUCUCCAUGAUUUCCAGUCGUCUGCAGAGGAACCUCCUGAGCGUGGACCCGGUCAGCAGCCAGGCCAUGGAGCUGUCUGAUGUCACCCUCAUCGAGGGGGUGGGGAACGAGGUGACAGUGGUGGCGGGCAUGGUGGUGCUGAUCCUGGCCCUGGUCCUGGCCUGGCUCUCCACCUACGUCGCCGACAGCGGUAGCAACCAUCUCCUGGGCACGAUUGUGUCAGCGGGCGACACCUCUGUCCUCCACCUGGGGCACGUGGACCACCUGGUGGCCGGCCAGAGCACCCCCGAGCCAGCCGAGCUCUCCCACCCGUCGGAGGGACACGAGGAGAAAGCUGACGAGGCGGGCGAAGGUGGGGGCGACUCUGCCGGGGAGCCCGGCGCCGGGGGUGGUGUGGAGCCCAGCCUGGAGCAUCUGCUUGACAUCCAAGGGCUGCCCAAAAGACACGCGGGCCCCGAGGGCAGCGGCCCCGACCCCGCCGUGCGAGCUGAGGAGAGCGCUGGCCUCAUCAGCGUGCGGCUCAAGUUCCUUAACGACACGGAGGAACUGGCGGUGGCCAGACCCGAGGAUACCGUGGGUGCGCUCAAGAGUAAGUACUUCCCUGGACAAGAGAGUCAGAUGAAACUCAUCUACCAGGGCCGCCUGCUGCAAGACCCAGCCCGCACCCUGCGCUCCCUGAACAUUACAGACAACUGUGUCAUUCACUGCCACCGCUCGCCCCCAGGCACUGCUGCCCCGGGCCCCUCAGCUGCCCUGGGCCCCUCCUCGACCACAGAGCCGCCCAGCCUGGGCAUCAGUGUGGGCAGCCUCAUGGUGCCAGUGUUUGUGGUGUUGUUGGGGGUGGUCUGGUACUUCCGGAUCAAUUACCGCCAGUUCUUCACAGCGCCUGCCACAGUCUCCCUGGUGGGGGUCACGGUCUUCUUCAGUUUCCUAGUAUUCGGAAUGUAUGGACGAUAAGGACGGGGGAAUGAAAGGCAUGGUCUUCCUCCGCAGCUGCCCCACUUUCCUGACCAGAGCUGGGCCCAAGGGCCUGGGAGGGAGGGAUGGAAAGGCCGGAGGGUCCUCUCUGCAGGACCGGGAGGCAGGUGGGGGGCCUCCCGGCAUAUCCACGAGGGGACCACCUGCCCCUCCAAGCACAACCCAGAAGCAAGGGUGUCAUCUUCCUUCACUUGUUAAGUCCUAAGGGACAGAGGUGGGCUGGUGGCCCUGCAGAGUGGGGAGCUGGGUUCUGAGGACCCCUCCUGGCUGUGGCCCUCGCUCUCCCUAUUGUCCUGCAUGCCCACUAGUCAGCACCCCAGGGUGGUUGUGGGGCGCUCAGCAUGGCCUGUCUGCUCAGGCAGGGAGCCGGGAGCAGUGUCAGUCCACCAGAAUCGUCUCCUGACAUCCAAGUCCCACAGGCAGGCUGCGCUCGCAGGUCUCUGUCUGCCCCGCAGGAGGACUGCGGUGGUCUCCCUUUUAUCAAAGCACUUUGCUUGUUUUUUUCUUUCUUUUUUAAUAGUCCUUUAUAGAACUCAGUCAGGGGACUGGGGCACAAUGCCAAGCCCCCAGCAUUGGGAGAGGCCAGGCCACAGCUGCUGCUACCCUAGGCCUAAGGCUGUAAGCAGGAGACUGCUCUGGCCCCCAGCCAGCGCCCUACCCUGCCUGGCUCCAAGGAUGAGGCAGGGUAUGGAACUUUGGGCCCUAGGCCCUUGCCUCUCCGGGACUCCUGGAGGGUCAACACCCAUGACUCAAUAAAGUUCAAUUUUGUA